UCUUCAUUUGUUUCGUUCGAACCCACUCCGCUACUAUAUAUACUGAGCAAAGGUGUUGUUUUCUUUGCUAUAGAAACACCAAAUUCUCACUGUUAGGUUAAAUUCUCAAGUGAGAGUAAGAACAAGUGUGAAGCUUGAAAAUGUCUUCAUCAGGAGGCAGAGGAAGCCAGGAAGAGGAGAAGAAGACCUCUGAUCAAGGAGCACAUAUCAAUCUCAAAGUCAAGGGCCAGGAUGGUAAUGAGGUUUUCUUUAGGAUUAAAAGGAGUACUCAGCUGAAGAAACUCAUGAAUGCAUACUGUGAUAGACAAUCUGUAGAUUUUAGCUCAAUUGCUUUCUUGUUUGAUGGAAGAAGACUUAGAGCUGAACAAACCCCUGAUGAGCUAGAGAUGGAAGAUGGGGAUGAGAUAGAUGCAAUGUUACACCAAACUGGUGGUGGAUAUAAAUUUCUUUGAGUGUAUGUUGAUCUACUUCUGAAUGCUUGAGAAAACAUUGGUAUUUGGUGCUUGUUUCAAGGUUUAUAUUUUGAUAUGAUAUUUAUGAUCAUGAGGUUAAUGUAAAAAAGUGGUCAAUUUUCAAUAUGGAUUUUCCAUAUAUACUGAUGUGUUGUUGUUUAAAAAAUUGUUAUAAUUGUGUGGAUACAGUAUUAUGGUCUUUCCCUAUUCAUUAAGUUGAUGACAUUGUAUUGUUUGUUAUGAAUCACCUAAUUUUGAUAUUUUGGUAAA